AUGUCCGAGCCAGUUACAAAACGGCUACACAUAUCGGGGCUCACUCCUUCCCUCACUCCCGCCGACCUCUCUGCGCGUUUAUCGCAUUUCGGGACUGUCAAAUCUUUAGAUGGGUUUGGUUUGUUAGACGGAGUGGGUCAGCCAAGAAAAUUUGGUUACGUGACGAUGGAGACAACGAGCGGGAGUCUGAAAAAAUGCCUCUCGACGCUGAGUGGAACGACAUACAAAGGAGCCAAAUUGCGUAUUGGAGAAGCGAAGCCGGAUUUUGCCGAACGAACAAUCAAAGAAAAAGCGAAAGAAUCUGAACAUCCUGUCAAAAAACCGCGACUGCGCUAUAGCAAAUUUUCCGGAACCCAAGCCUCUGAUAUGUCCCUCGUAACUCGCGAAAAUGCGUCACAACGCGUAGGAUGGAAAGUUAUGCCUUCUGGUCGUGUGGUCAGGACGAUGAAGAUGAGGCCUGGCAAGCCGUUGCCCCCGUUACCAGUGCAUGUGAAGGACUCUAAAGAUGGGAAGAAAAAGAAAAAGGUGAAAACUCCGGAUACCAGAGCAAGGUCAAAGACUAUCGACGUUACAAAGUGGGAUGGGUCGUAUGUUACUGGUGUGUUUCUUGGUGGAGAUGAGGUUCUACCGAUAGCGCAGUUGAGAGAAGGUCUCCACGGUGUAGUGGAAGAAAGGGUCCAGGACAAGGAGAAGGAAGAGAAGGAGAGGAAGCAGAAAAAGAAGGAAAAGAAGGAAAAGAAACAACAGGACAAGGAUAUGGAGGAGAAGAAAAAGAAUGUGAAUAUACUCGAAAUUGUAGACGUUCAGGCUCUUCCCGAUCCUCUGGUCCCAGAAGCACAAUCAAAACCCCUAUCUGCCCCUACCGUGACUACGACAACAGCUCCGUCACACGAAGAUCCAUCACAUUCCGUGGACCUUCUGACAGAAAAAGCUCAGACUCUCUCGUUAUUGAAUUCCUUUCUUUUCUCGUCCAAAUCAAAACACGACAACAUCCCGGUAGACUGGGAUUCUGACGUCGAUCUUGACGAAGCGAACGUAAUUGAAGUGCGGAAUCCCGCGAAGGAUGUUGAUGAAGGGUAUGAGAUUGUCCCGCGAGCCGAUGAAAACGAAAUGGACGUAGACGUUAACCAAGGACCGGAUAACGACGAGCGGGAGGACGAAGAAGAAAGUGAUGACUCGGACAGCUCAGAUGACACACAGGAAGAAACGCCUAUGCAGGUCGAAGAAAAAACUCUGCCUCCACGUCCAAAAAUCAAUCCCUUGAAAGAUCUGUUCGCACCGCGUGAAGACGAAGGCGGAUUCUCCCUUCUAAAUCACCUCGACCUCGAACUCGAUGACAACCUUGACUUGGAUAUGGUUCCGUUCCUCACUUCCGUGCCAGCGGCUUUGAACGCGCAACCAUUACAGCCUCCUGCAUCCGCAAAAAUCUCAAUAUCACGUCCCGUUCACCAAUAUCACCCAACACAACCAGCUCCACCGAUCACUCUCGACCCAAGUAAACCUUUAUUCUUCCCUCGCUCGAUAGCUUUGUCCGCUGCAAACGCGUCCUCGUCUCCAUUCUACCACCACCAGACUCCAGAAGAGAUUCAGAAACGGUGGGAGGAAAACAAGGUUGAGCUGACAAGGGGGUGGAAGAAACGGUAUAGAGAGGCAGGGAAGGUUAGGAGGAGGAGAGGAGGAGGGGUUGAGGAUUAA